AGGCCCAGUUCAUGUAUCGGAGGAGUGAAGCCCCCCGCUUGUCUUCCUUCAUUGAGGAGUCAAAGAAAGAGUCCAUAGAAGAGGAGGAUGAGUAUGACUAUGAUGAUCAUGAAGACCACGACCACUCCCUGUCUGACUCCCAAACCUUCCAGUGGCCUCGGCUCAGUGAUCAGAAUGAAGCACGGUUACGGUCCUGUCUGGAAGAGAUCCACAGUGUGAUAGGUGACAGUGUUCCACAGCACAUCCUGGUAGACACCGUCAUGAAGUGUGACUUUGACCUGGAGAAGGCCCUGGAUGCUGUGUUGUCACUACAGGUGCAUCAGUUCUUCUGACAUUAGAUUUGUGGACUUUUAUAUGGCAACUAGUGUAACGAUCCAAUCCCAGGGUUUAUGGAAUGAGCAGAAGAGACGAGUGGAGUACUGUAGAUCUGUAUGUAUUCUUCAGAACAUGUGGGUAACUCUAACUCAACUGGAUAUAACUGGUUCCUAGUGGACUUGCCUACUCGCCACCGGGGGUGGCAGGUUAUACCAUUCCCAUAGGGGGAAACUCUAUGGUUCAGCAUAUUAGAUCCUUACACUCUUCCCCCCUACAACAAGUAAAACUUCUCCUGAAGUUUACAGAUAUAACAAUGUAUAUAAAUAUACAAUGUAUAAGUAUAAUAGUAGUCCAACAUAACAAAAUGCAACGGGGAACAGUCCGUAUCCGUAACAGUACGAAUAAAACUACUGAAUAAAGCUUAA